AUGAAUUUAAAAUUGCUUAUAUUCAGGGCGAGGUCUAGGGGAGUGCCGGUUUAUUGUUGUUUACUGCUAUGUGUCUACUUAGUGUUGAAAUAUUUCUACUGGAGGCCGCUGGAGACCGAGAGCGUGCCGAAGCAUCUGCGGGGAUACCUCAAGUUUGCAGAAAACUUUAAAUUUCCGAGACACAAGCUGCGUGCGGCGGAGAUCAAGCGGCUCAGCAGCCUUGUCGAGCUGCUCAACAACGAGCGCGAGGUGUUCCAGACGCGGCGGUACGGCGCGGUGCGCGGCGACACCACCACGCUGGUGGUGCAGGUGCACCGCGAUGCCGAGCGCCUGCAGACCCUCAUCGUGUCGCUCGCGCAGGUGCGCUACAUUCACACCGUGCUCGUCGUCUUCUCGCACAGCUACUACGACAACAGGAUCAAUAAGCUCGUGGCUAGCAUCACCUUCUGCAGGUACAUGCAGAUAUUUUACCCGUAUUCGCUCCAGCUGUAUCCGAACAAGUUCCCCGGCAUCGACCCCGAGGAUUGCCUCAGCGUCCAGGGCAAGAGAGACAAGUACUGCAGUAACCGCGACGGUCGCCUCACGGAACACAAGCACCAUUGGUGGUGGAAGGCUUGCUUCAUCUUUAAUAACCUGGAUUGGUCCGACAAUUUUAAGGGCACCGUUAUAUUCCUAGAAGAGGACAACUAUGUUUUGCCGGAUUUGUUGUACAUGCUUCGGUACACGACGCGUACUCUGUCUUAUCUCCAAGGAAUUCAUGUUAUGUCGUUUGGGAGGCCUUACGCGAAGUAUUUAGACUAUGACUUGCUUUCGGUGCUGGCUUGGCGACCACCUUUCGACAAUGGAUUGGCUUUCAAUAAGACUAUCUGGCAGAAAAUCAUGGCAGUGUCGUCUUAUUUUUGCAUGUACGACGAUGUCAGCUGGAGCUACUCGCUGCUGAACGCUUUCGGCAAGUUCCGCGCCGGGCGCGCCGACGUGGUGGCCACGGCCGCGCCGCGCGUGCUGUCCACCAGCAUGUUCCCCAGCGGCCGCGCGGCGGUGCGGCAGAUCAGCGCGUGGCUCGCUGAUGCCAAGUUGUUUCCUGUUAAUGUGAAGGCGGUGAUGCUGUAUGGCAGCAGCGGCAGAAUAGACUCCGGCUCCAAGCCUCCCCCGUGGGGCAAUGGCGGGUGGAGCGACAUGCGGGACCACCUGCUCUGCUUGGAUCCCCUCAUGUCCACUACCACGGCCAACUUCAACGACCUGACGGCGACCUCCGACCCGCUGACUAGCAGCACGUCAGCCGAUUAUCUAACUAUUGCUCACCACAGGGUUAAUAUGUCCGACGCUGAAAUUCGACAUUUAUUAUAA